UGACAAAUAUGAAAUAUAGUUCGAAGUUUAGAACGAUGGUGAGAUUAUAGAGCUCCUUGUUUAAAAAACUUUCCAUUAAAUAUAAGCGAGAGCGACAUAUUUCCGAUUUUAAUCUUCUCUCUCGGCUUCCCUUAUUAUCUCUCCCUGCUUUCAAGCACCUCUCUGCCUUUUUGAUCUCUGUUUUCAGUAAGAAUGGAGAACAUAGAUUCAUCCUCUAACGGAGACAUCCACACCGAGAGGGAAGCAAAGAAAGAGGAUGAGAAUAAAAAGAUGAAGAAGGAGUCAGUUUCAUUGUUGGGUUUGUUUAGCGCAGCAGACAAAGUUGAUUGCUUCUUGAUGUUCCUAGGAAGCUUAGGCACGUGUAUUCAUGGCGGCACGCUUCCGCUCUUCUUCGUGUUCUUUGCAAAAAUGCUAGAUUCUCUUGGCAGUCUUUCUACAGAUCCUAAAGCCAUAUCUUCCCGCGUUUCACAGAAUGCUCUGUACUUGGUCUACUUAGGAUUAGUCAAUUUGGUAUCAGCAUGGAUGGGAGUUGCUUGUUGGAUGCAAACAGGGGAAAGGCAAACAGCUCGAUUGCGUAUGAAUUAUCUGAAAUCAAUCUUGGCUAAGGACAUAACUUUCUUCGAUACAGAAGCUAGAGAUUCAAAUUUUGUUUUUCACAUCUCAAGCGACGCCAUCUUGGUUCAAGAUGCAAUUGGUGAUAAGACAGGCCAUGUUUUGAGGUAUCUUUGUCAGUUCAUCGCCGGAUUUGUCAUCGGCUUUUUGUCGGUAUGGCAACUUACGCUGCUCACGUUAGCAGUAGUUCCAUUGAUAGCAAUUGUGAAAACAGUGUAUGCAUUUGUUGGAGAAGAAAAAGCCGUGAAUUCUUACUCAAAUUCUCUCAAGAAAACUUUGAAACUAGGUAAAAGGGGAGGUCUUGCUAAAGGUUUAGGAGUUGGAUUAACAUAUGGCCUCUUGUUUUGUGCUUGGGCUUUCCUCUUUUGGUAUGCAAGUCUUCUUGUACGCCACGGCAAAACAAACGGAGCAAAGGCCUUCACAACGAUCAUCAAUGUCAUUUACAGCGGCUUCUCCUUAGGUCAAGCAGCACCUAGCUUAUCAGCUAUUUCCAAAGGAAGAGUUGCUGCUGAAAAUAUAUUCAGAAUGAUAGGGAACAACGAUCUUGAAUGUUCUGAAAGAUUAGACGACGGAACAACUUUGCAAAAUGUAGCUGGAAAGAUUGAGUUUCACCAAGUGUCUUUUGCUUAUCCUUCGAGACCAAACAUGGUUUUUGAGAAUCUUAGUUUCACAGUACGGUCAGGAAAGACAUUUGCAUUUGUCGGUCCAAGUGGUUCAGGGAAAAGCACAAUCAUUUCAAUGGUUCAACGGUUCUAUGAACCCAAAUCAGGGGAGAUUCUCUUGGAUGGGAAUAACAUCAAGAGCCUGAAGCUGAAAUGGUUGAGGGAACAGAUGGGUUUAGUGAGUCAAGAACCGGCAUUAUUCGCCACGACCAUAUCUUCCAAUAUUCUUGUUGGUAAAGAGAAUGCAAAUAUGGAUCAGAUCAUAGAAGCUGCUAAAGCAGCCAACGCAGAUUCUUUCAUCAAAUCACUACCUGAUGGUUAUGAUACUCAGGUUGGAGAAGGAGGAACGCAGCUCUCGGGAGGACAGAAGCAGAGGAUUGCGAUUGCUCGAGCGGUUCUAAGAAAUCCAAAGAUAUUACUCUUAGAUGAAGCAACGAGCGCACUUGAUGCCGAAUCGGAGAAGAUUGUUCAGCAAGCACUUGACAAUGUUAUGAAAGAAAGAACAACAAUCGUCGUUGCACACAGAUUAUCCACCAUCAGAAAUGUGGACAAGAUUGUUGUAUUGAGAAAUGGUCAAGUUAUGGAAACCGGUAGCCACUCAGAACUGAUAUCAAGAGGAGGAGAUUACGCGAGUCUUGUGAAUUGCCAAGAAACAGAACCUCAAGAAAACCCGAGAUCAAUUAUGUUGGGAACUUGCAAAUCUCAAGCCGGAUCUUUUAGUUUAAGAAGGGUUUCCAGCUCAAGGAGGACUUCAAGCUUCAGGGAAGACCAAGAGAAGACUGAAAAAGAUUCAAAUGGCAAAGGUUUAAGCUCAUCUUCAAUGAUAUGGGAAUUGAUAAAGCUAAAUGCUCCAGAGUGGCCUUAUGCAUUACUUGGCUCAAUUGGUGCGGUUCUUGCUGGAUCACAACCGGCACUGUUCUCCAUGGGGAUUGCCUAUGUCUUAAGCACCUUUUAUUCACCUUUUCCUACUUUGAUCAAGAGAGAAGUCGAAAAGGUAGCUAUGGUCUUUGUUGGAGUUGGAAUUGUAUCACCUCCUAUUCAUCUCCUCCAACAUUACUUCUAUACAUUGAUGGGAGAACGUCUUACUUCUCGGGUCCGCUUAUCCUUCUUCUCAGCGGCUCUAACGAAUGAGAUUGGGUGGUUUGAUUUGGAUGAGAACAGCACUGGCUCACUUACUUCAAUCUUGGCUGCUGAUGCAACUUUAGUGAGGAGUGCUCUAGCGGAUCGCCUCUCGACGAUAGUCCAAAACUUGUCUCUUACAGUCACAGCAUUAGCACUUGCAUUUAUCUACAGUUGGCGUGUCGCAGCUGUGGUAACUGCUUGUUUCCCUCUUCUCAUUGCCGCUCCAUUUACCGAGCAACUGUUUCUAAAAGGCUUUGGAGGAGAUUACACAAAGGCUUAUUCUAGAGCAACUUCAGUGGCUCGUGAAGCGAUUGGGAAUAUAAGAACGGUUGCUGCAUUUGGUGCUGAGAAUCAGAUAUCGGAACAGUUUGCUUGUGAGCUAAGAAAACCCACUAAGAAUGCCUUUCUCAGAGGUCAUAUCUCUGGAUUUGGAUAUGGUUUGUCUCAGUUUCUAGCGUAUUGUUCCUACGCUCUUGGUCUUUGGUACAUCUCGGUUUUGAUUGAGCACAAGGAGACAAACUUUGCAGAUAGUAUCAAAUCUUUCAUGAUAUUGCUCGUCACGGCUUACGCUGUAGCUGAAACGCUUGCUUUGACCCCGGAUAUCGUGAAGGGCACGCAAGCACUCAGGUCAGUUUUUAGGGUUUUACAUAAAGAGACUGAGAUAUCUCCAGACCAACCUAACUCAAGAUUGGUCACUCAGAUUAAGGGGGAUAUAGAGUUGAAAAACGUCAGCUUUGCAUAUCCCACAAGACCCGAAAUUGCCAUUUUCCAAAACCUAUAUCUCCGAGUUUCCGCUGGGAAAAGUCUUGCCAUUGUGGGAACAAGUGGUUCAGGAAAGAGCACGGUGAUCAGACUGAUUAUGAGAUUCUACGAUGCGACCAACGGAAAACUCUGCAUUGAUGGGCAGGACAUUAAAACCCUAAACCUACGUAGCUUGCGCAAGAAGUUAGCGUUAGUCCAGCAAGAACCAGCUCUGUUUUCAACAACCAUACACGAGAACAUCAAAUACGGUAAUGAGAACGCCUCGGAGGCAGAGAUCAUCGAGGCCGCAAAAGCUGCGAACGCCCACGAGUUCAUCAGCAGGAUGGAACAAGGGUACCAGACGCACGUGGGUGAACAGGGGGUGCAGUUAUCAGGUGGUCAGAAACAGAGAGUGGCUAUCGCGAGGGCGGUUCUGAAGGAUCCUUCAGUGCUUCUCCUUGAUGAGGCAACGAGUGCUUUGGACACGAGCUCGGAGAAACUGGUCCAAGAAGCCCUAGACAAGCUGAUGAAGGGACGAACCACGGUGUUGGUGGCUCAUAGGCUCUCGACCAUCAGGAAAGCGGACACAAUCGCUGUGUUGCACAAAGGAAGAGUUGUGGAGAAGGGAACUCAUAGAGAGCUUGUUUCAAUAUCUGAUGGGAUUUAUAAGCAAUUGACGAGUCUUCAAGAAGUGGUGUGACUUAUAUAUGAUCGUUGGAGUUUCUUUUUACCUUUUUCAGAAGAAAAAGAUUAUACAUACACACACAGUCACACUAUGAUAUGUUAUACGAUAUUGUCAGAGAUAUCUGGACUCAAAAAACAUUUGUUAAGCAAUGGCUCUUUUAAUAGUAUAGAUGAUAUUGUUUGUCAAAUUAGAUAAUCUAUAGUACAGUGGUACGCAAGCAAAGAGACUGAACGGUAUAUACCGGUAUGGCCAUUGCUUCCACAUGCAUGUGAUGG